AUGUCUGAAACACUCGUUGGCAUUAACGGUUUCGGCCGUAUUGGCAGAAUCGUCUUCCGUAAUGCCGUCGAGCACGGUGAUGUGAAAGUCGUGGCAGUCAACGAUCCCUUUAUCGAGCCUCACUAUGCUGCAUACAUGCUCAAGUAUGACUCUCAACAUGGCCAAUUCAAGGGCACUAUCGAAGUCAAAGGCUCAGACCUUGUUGUCAACGGCCAGACCGUCAAAUUCUAUACAGAGAAAGAUCCCGCCAACAUCCCAUGGAAAGACACAGGCGCAUACUACAUCGUUGAAUCGACUGGUGUCUUCACCACCACCGAGAAGGCCAAGGCCCAUUUGAAAGGUGGCGCCAAGAAGGUCGUUAUCUCGGCACCUUCCGCAGACGCGGCCAUGUUCGUCAUGGGCGUCAACGAGAAGGAGUACAAGUCCGACAUCGAGAUUAUCUCCAACGCCUCUUGCACAACCAAUUGCCUGGCUCCUCUCGCCAAAGUCAUGCAUGACAAUUACACCAUCAUUGAGGGUCUCAUGACUACUAUCCACUCCUACACUGCUACCCAGAAGACCGUGGAUGGACCUUCUUCAAAAGACUGGAGAGGUGGACGCACCGCUGCUCAGAACAUCAUUCCCAGCAGCACUGGUGCGGCUAAAGCUGUUGGCAAGGUCAUCCCCAGUUUGAAUGGCAAGCUUACGGGCAUGUCUAUGCGUGUACCUACUUCCAAUGUGUCAGUUGUUGACUUGACUUGCCGCUUGGAGAAAUCGGUCACCUAUGAUCAGAUCAAGGAGACGAUGAAGAAGGCUUCAGAGGGAGAGUUGAAAGGCAUUCUGUCCUACUCGGAGGAUGCGCUUGUUUCCACUGACUUGAAUGGAGACAAUCACUCCUGUAUCUUCGAUGCUACCGCCGGCAUUUCCCUCAACGAGCAUUUCGUCAAGCUCGUUGCAUGGUAUGACAACGAGUGGGGCUACUCCCGCCGUGUCCUGGAUCUCUUGGCCUAUAUCUCCAAGGUCGAUCACUCGAAGUAG